AUGUCGGACCUGAUGCUCAACCUGGAGACGGCCCUCCCGCCGCCGGCCCCGAGGAGCUCCGCGGGCGGCCACCGGCACCAGCGCUUCGUCAAGCGCCGCCAGUUCCUGGAGCGGCGCGGCUUCCUGAGGCAGAAGCAGCUGCCCGCCCAGCCCCCCGCCCUGCCCAGACGGGGCCCCGCCUCGGGGGGCGGCUGCGCGGGGCCCGCCCGGGCCAAGAAGAAGCCUGCCAAGGGGGCAGCGGGGAGGGGGGGCAGCCGAGCCCCGCUUGAGGAGGGUCCGCCCGGCCGGCCCAAGGAGAGCGCCGCUGCGGGUACGCUGUGCCCCGGAUCCCGGGCGGACGGCCCCUCCUCCGCGGCUGCCUCGGCCUCGAAGAGGACGGGGGCCCCCGCUGGGAAGCCCAACGGGACCCUCUGCAGCCGGGGGGACGUCCCCCGAGUCGGCCCGCUGGACGAAAGCAAGGCCGGCCUCCCCGACGUGCCGGUGGUAGCCAAGCCGGGCAAAAUGGUGGCCAUUGACUGCGAGAUGGUGGGCACCGGGCCCGGCGGGCGCAACAGUGACCUGGCGCGAUGCAGCGUGGUCAGCUACUAUGGCGACGUGAUGUACGACGGCUACAUCCGUCCCCUGAGCCCCAUCACCAACUACCGGACUCGGUGGAGCGGCAUCAGGCAGCACCACAUGAGAGACGCUGUGCCCUUCAAGCUGGCCCAGAGAGAGAUUCUCAAGCUUCUCUCGGGGAAGAUUGUCAUUGGCCACGCAAUCCACAACGACUUCAAAGCCCUCAAAUAUUUCCACCCCAAAUCCAUGACCAGGGACACCUCAAAAAUCCCCCUGCUCAAUCGGAAGGCCGGCUUCCCCGAGAACGAGUCGGCCUCCCUGAAGCGACUCACCAAGCAGCUGCUGCACCGAGACAUUCAGGUUGGUCACAAUGGACACUCCUCGGUGGAAGAUGCCCGGGCCACCAUGGAGCUGUACAAGGUGAUUGAGGUGGAGUGGGAGAGGCAUUUGGCCACCUCCCUCCCCCAGGACGGACCGCCGGGCACCACGUGA